AUGGAGAAGGCGCUGGACUCCGAACGGAGGGGCCACCGGUUCGACCUCUGCCCGCGUGCUCGUUCAUCAGCACUUCUGGAUUCUCCCAGUGCAUCAACCUCCUUAGCUGGCAUCUCCCACCGGACUGGGGAAAGUCUUCCCACCAAGCAGCCAGAGCCAGUGCCCGCGGGGCACGAGCAGGAGGAGGAGGAGGAGGAGGAGGCCCGGCGGCGCCGAAACGGGGAGAAAGAGCGCGGAAAUGGGGCCACGCGGUCGCUGCGCUGCAGCCCCCCAGUGAUGCUGCCAACGCCCGGCAUCGCCCCCCGCCCCUCCCGGACACACGGUACCAUUCGCCUCCUUAUUGGGGAGCAGGAGACAAUGCAGCGAGUUUUGAUAGCCAUCCUCACCUUUUCUCUUGGGACAGCAGGGACUGCUCCAAAGUACCUCUGCACCUACUAUGACAUUGUUGACUACCUGAACAUCUCCUCUCACGACAAGCUGCACACCUACAUACUGCCCAAGGCAAACCUGAAGGAGCCUGUGGAAGUGAAGUUGGAUUUCAUGCUGAUGGCUAUUCUCUCUGUGGUGGAAAAGCUCCAAACAGUCAGUUUUUACUUCGUCUUGAACCUGGAGUGGAAAAACCCUUUGGCAACCUGGAACCCGCAGGAUUUCUGUAACAUUUCCCAAAUCAUUCUUCCCCUGGACACGUAUUGGUCUCCCCCCAUCUUCAUCUUAGAGCGAGUGGACGGACAAAGCUCAGACAUGAAUUACAUGGUCCUCAUGCACAAUGGCAGCUUCAACUCCACCCGGCCCCUCCAGGUCACCCUGACGUGCAGUUUGAUAAUCCUCAAGUUCCCCUUUGACACCCAGACGUGCAACUUGAGUAUAGCUUCAUUUCUCUACCCAGUAAGAGACCUUGUCAUGAAGACAAGAAGGACAGCAUCUGAGAGCAUGAAAGACAGCCAGAGUUUCUUCCUAACUGAUGGAGAAUGGAAGUUCACCAAUCUGAGCAUCAUUGAACGCACGGAAACGAUGGAUGACGAAGGAUUUUCUGUGAUCACCUACAUGAUUUCCAUGGAGAGGCGACCCACUCUGUACAUUCUGAACCUGAUCCUCCCAACGUGUGCCCUGUACCUGCUGGACAUGGCUGUGUUGUUUGGACCCAGCUCUCUUGAGGAGAAAAUCAACUUCCAGAUCGCCAUCAUCCUUGGCAGCUCCAUGCUGGCUGUGAUCCUCAACAACAGCCUCCCAACUUCCUCCAACAAACCACCUGUAAUAGUGCUGUUCUUCCUGGGCACCUUCCUGCUCAUGAUCAUGGCUGUGUUAGACACCUUCUUCCUGCUGUACCAGCACCGCAAAUCCCGGCCCUUGGACAAGGUUCUCAGAAGAUUCCAGCGACACGUGGGUGCUGAGCUGGCCAAGACACCCCUGCGCAACCAGCCCGUGACACACCUGGCCAAGGAAGGUCUCCAGCAUCUGAGCCCUCCCAAGAAGGCCGAGGGAGGAGGGCAACCUGCCAAGGGCCACUGGCGACCACAGGAGCAGAAUUCGUUUAUGCCAGUUCUGGAGAAGGUCCUUCUCUACAGCCACUUCUUCCUGUCCCUGUUUUUUUUUACUCUUGUUUUUGUAAAAUGGAGCAGCUAA